AGCGAGCUGGCCAAACUUGCAGAUGAUACCAAACUCUUUCGGGUAGUGAAAUCCAAAACAGAUUGUGAGGAGCUCCAAAGGUUAUGUAAAAAAAGAAAAGAGAAAUAUAAUGUGCACAGUGUUCUUUUCUCAUUGCCAUUUUUGGAAACAAAGGCUAUUUUCAAUCUCCAGUCAUCAGGGGCAUAGCAGAGAUGCUUAGAGGUGGUCAGCGGUUCAGCAGCCCUAUUUCCUCUGUUGUAUCGCUUUGCUUCCGAUUGUAAGUGCUGCUUCUCACAAAGAGCUGAGUCUGACACUCAGGAAAGAGCUCUGCCUCCUAAUCAUUUACCUACUAUAGUUGUGGGUGGUGGUGGGAGAGAAUCUGCAAGGCGAUCAACCCCAAGAAUAUCUUUCCAAAUGGAAGAUGAGGCAGGCUACACAGCACUUCAACUCCAGCCAAAGAGAAUGCAAAGAGGAGAGGAUCAAGAAGGCUAUAUGGUGCUUAACUUCCAGCCAAGGCAAGAGCAAAGAAGGCAGAACUCCACAUCUCGGGUGCCAGAUGCGGAAUUUGUUUCUAUGAAUCAAGAUAUACAACAGCAUGCACAGAGGCAUUGGGUUGCUCUAAAGGUUACCUGUGCUGUGAAUCUCAUCCUCACUGCAGUUUUAAUCUCAGUGGCAAUUGGGGAGGAAGCCCAGGACUGCACAAUAUGCCCAGGGAACUGGAGGUUGCACAGGGACAACUGCUACUGGUUCUCUGAAAGAAAAGAUACCUGGAGAAAGAGCCAAGAUGCCUGCAGAGCAAAUAACUCCACAGUGCUUGUGAUUCAGAACCAGGAGGAGAUGACAUUCAUAAAGAACAUCAUCACAACAACCCAGACAAGUUAUUGGUUGGGUCUUACUGCCAAGCAGGGUGAAGGGCGGACCUUGGAGUGGGUGGAUCAAUCCCCUUUCAAGGAAGAACUAUUUUCUGUAGUGGGCCCUGAUGUUGGGAAUAACUGUGGGAUGCUAAAAGCUGAUAAGGUUAACUUUGACUCUUGUGAUUCUUUAUCUCGCUGGAUAUGUAAGAAAGUCGCUUUCUCAAUCUAAGUCGAGACACUGUGGCAACUGUUGGAAGUAGCAACCAUCUCUGACUGAACAAGUCCAGAGUGAAUUAUGCCUCUCAAGUUUUAAUAUAAUAUCCACAACGACUCUGCUGCCAUUCCAGCUAGAGGGAAAAGGCCACAUUGUGGUAAGCUCCCUUGGUGUGUCACUCUCUUCUUGUAAUGCUCUUAUUCCUGGCAUAAGCAUCAGGCUGACUGCAGAUCCAAUUUCUUGGUACGUAUGUGGCAAAGGGAGGCAACGGCAAUAUCAGUGCUCAGAAAAGCACAGUCUCCUCCUCCUCCUUGAACCUCCAACCUGCAACACAAGCAACAGAGGCAGGACUGUCAAGCCAGGCUAUGAAUUCCUUCUUAAGAUGCACCUGUAUCCUCAGGCUUUUAAUUAGUUUUAUAUCAUAACUGUUUUGAUUAUUUUAUCCUGGUUUUUAUAUUUGUUGCAUUUUAACUUAUGUACACCACCUAGGGAUGCACAUGAUAGACAGUAUGGA